AUGUCGACAAAUACAGACAAUCAUUCUACGGUAAAUGUACGCUCACUGGCUAUUUCUAUGUCAGAUUUUUAUUCAAUACUAUUCUCAAUAUAUCUUCUGUUAAUUAUUCCAUCAAUUAGUUGUUCAUUAUUUGCCUUGUAUCAUUUUCUCUACGAUCGAAAUCUUCGUCAAGCUCUUCACAAUCACAUUAUCAUUGUUCUUCUUAUUCUAAAUCUCAUCUAUGAAUUGACAGUUAUGAUUUGUAUGAUACAUUAUUUUCGAAAUUUUCAAACAUUUCCACCCUCAGUUACUUUUCAUGUUAUUUACGGAUAUUUUGAUUGGACAUUUUAUAUUGUUGAAAGUAUUCUUUAUGCUUGGGUUACAAUCGAAAGACAUGUUCUCAUUUUUCAUGAUAAAUUAAUCGCAACAAAAACCAAACGUAUUCUUAUUCAUUAUUUUCCUCCAGUCUUUAUAAUUGUCUAUUGCUUUGUGUAUCAUGGAAUCGUAUUUUUCUUCUGGCCAUGUGCGAACAAUAAUAAAACCAUUUCAAGUAUAUUCUUCACUCCUUGUGCCUUUCAAAAUUCAUCUCUUUUCCUAUAUGAAAUGAUCACUCAUUAUGUAUCUCCUAUCUUGAUCAUUGUUAUAUCAAGUUGUACACUAUUAGUACGAGUUAUAUGGCGAAAGUAUCAAGUACAACGACGAAUAAGUUGGAGUCGAUAUCGCAAAAUGGCAGUUCAAGUAUUAACCAUUUCUUGUCUCUAUGUAAUAUUUAUAUUUCCUUAUAUAUUUAUGAAUUUUCUUUAUAUAUGUGGAGUACCAGUGGACAUGGAAAAUGACUUUUUUCUUGUUGCACCGUAUCUUGCUUACUUUACUUUUCUACUUUUUCCAGUAGUAGCUGUUGGAUCAUUACCUGAAUUCAGAGGAAAAUUCAAGAAUGUUUUACCAUGUCUCGGGCAACGUCGUGUUAUUCGUCCAAUAAAUUUCACAACUUUUCGUACGGCAAAUAAUCAAUUACCAACUAUUCAGUAA